AUGCUAACGUCUUCUCGUUCUCCUUCUCCUUCUUUAACGAGAAAUUCAAGUGCUGUUCAUUCUAAAAUAUCUGUUUUAGGAUCAUCCACACACCGUUUAUCUUCAAGACUAAAAAGAACAUUAGAUUCUUAUGAACAAGAAAAAGACAUACCGCCAACACCAAGAAAAGGAGAUCAUUCACAAACAGGGUCAGACACUCCAAAAAAAAGUACAGUAUAUUCUGAACGGUUAUCAGGGUUAGGGAGAUUAAAGUCUUCAAAUCUUAAUACAAAUAAGAUAGUUAAUUGCAAUAAUACAGUUGAUAACUUAGUUAUUGACAUUGCAUUGAUUUCAAUGGAUUUUUUAGAAACAACUAUUGGGGUAUUAGUUAAUGCAGAAAAUACACAAGCACUUGAAAGAGCACAAGAAAUUAUUUCAUCAGUAUUAUUCGAAGUUAAACCAACAGAAAACUAUUUACCUAGUUUAUAUGAAUUUAUAAGAAGUAUGAUUACUACAUAUAGAGAUUUUAUUUUUAAAAGACCAAAUAUUGCUACAAUAGUUAAUGCUACAAGUGCUUUAUCAGAACUUCAAAUUAAUAAUGUUCAUAAUAUUGAAAAAUCAAUUCAAGGACUAUUUGAUUUAGCAAAAAAAUAUCAUGAUAACUUUGAUACUAAAUUACAAAAAUGUAUAGAACUUUCUCUGGAUGAAGGAGUCAGAAGAAACAAAUCAUUACAAAGAGUACAACAAUUAUAUAAAGCUGUAGACGCGGGAGAUCUUGAUGUUUUUAUUACAUUUGUAUAUGAUUAUAUUAAUAUUUUAAAUAGAUUAUUUGAUUUUAUACUAAAUGCAGAACCAACAGUAAUAAAUGGAUAUAUUGAAAUGAAGAGAGAUUUUGUGGCUAUGCUUAGAAAGAAUGAAAGUGUUAAUAUGCUUAAAGAAUGGAUUGAUUUUAUUAGAGAGAAAAUUGAAACAACAAACGAAACUCUUGUAAGCUUUUUAAUUGAAAAGAAACAAAUUAUUGAAAGUGAUUAUGAAAUGUGUAUCCACAAAAUGAAUCAAUUAGAAGGUCAUUGUGAUGUUGAUAAAAGAGAUAUGGAAGAUUUAGAAGAAAAAUGUAAAAUUAAUAAAAAAAUAGGAGAACAACUAUUAGACUGGGCAAAGAAGUCACUUUCUAUUGAUAGUUGUGAUUUAGAAUCUUUUAAUGAUGUCCAAUUAAUUAGAAAAAUUGAAGACUUAGAAAAAGAACAAACAAAAAGGACAAAUGAAAUUAAAAAUAUACUUGAUGAGUAUACUUCUUUUGAUGAAACUCUAACUGCAUUUAAAUUAACUUCUAACCCAUUAUUCCCUGUUACUAGUCAAGAAAUGACUGAUGGAGUUAGAAAGGUUCUUCAAUUACAUCAGUCACGAAUUAAAGCUGUAAAUAAUCAUUUACAAACAAGAACAUCUUAUGGCUCAGAAAAAGAAAGAUAUACUAAUAAAGUUCAAACAUUUGAAGGUAUUAUUUAUAAAAGAUUUAUAGAUUUAUGUACUGAAGUAUAUGGAAUGCCAAUUGAUGCUAAUUUUUUAAAAGAAUCAAUUGAUAAGUUUAAGUCAUUAAACCAUUUAUAUAAUAACAAUGUUAAUAAAUUAGAAGAUAAAAAAGAAAAAAUGGGUGGAUUAAAACCGUCAUGGGAAGUUGCUUAUUGUAGUUGGGAAGAAAGUAUUAAUUGUGCCAUAUCAGUUGUUGAAUGGUUAGCACAAUUAAUUGAGAAUGUUAAAAGUAAUGAAGAAAAUAUAUUACAAAUGAAGAAAUGGUAUGAAAAUGAACGUGUGUUUAUUACAACUGUAGUAUCAACAUAUUUAUGGGAUGGGUUAUAUAUAUCACUUGCAAAAGUAACAAUGAGAGAAUCAAAUGAUUAUUUAAAGAUACUUGCUAAAGUUUCUCAAUAUUUAUUAGACCAUGUAGAAGAAGCAGAAAAUCAAUAUGAAAAUGCAGGAACAUUAUUACAAGAAUUAAGAAAAAGAAAGAAAUUACCUUUAGGAUUUAAAUUCCUUCAAGUGAUUCAAGAAAAAGACUUUGAAAAAAUUCAAAUGACUUUUGAAUUGUAUGACGCUAAGUGGAAGGAAGAAGAGAAAGUUGAAAAAAUUAGAAAAGACUAUGCAGCAUUAUUUGAAGAAUUUUUUAAUGAAACUGAUAAAAUUAUUGAUGAAGAACCAUCAAAAGUUCCUGCUAUAGUUAUACAAAAAGUGCAAAACCUAAGAGACAAAUUACUCAUUUAUGAUGAACAGAAAAUAGAUAAACUAAACAGAUACUGUGACUUAAAAAGAAGUGAACAAACAGUUUGGGGAAGGUGCUCUGCUUUAGGUAUUCCUGAAAAAGAAAUAAAACAAGAAAAAGAAAAUAAUGGUAUUAAAUCUCCAAGAAGUCCUCGGACAUCUAUCUAUACCCAAAAAAAUAUCCCAUCAAAUUCAGUUCUUGUUACUCAAGGUUUACCAAGAGCAACAAGAAGAGGAGAUGAGAACCGUGAUAUUAUAGGUUUCUUUAUGAAUGGAGACGAAAAAGUUAAGGUUGAUUCAUUCCAUGACUUUUCUUAUGGUCAAAGAGAUGCAUUUGAUGAUGACCUGAAAAUUGUACAAGACGACAUUAUUAAAAUAUUAAAGAACUUAAAUAAUUUAAAUGCAUUAUUAAAUGAUUCAAGAGAUCCUCAAUUUGUUCUUGAAAGGUAUUACCAAUUUGCUAUGGAUUAUGUUUCUGCACCUCAAUUACAUAUGACUUGGAUUGCUAAAUUAGCACAACAACAUAGACUAAAAGAACAACAUAUUGAAGCAGGAUUAUGUGAGGUUCAUUUGGUCUUAUUCAUUCAUCACCUAUUACCAGAAGAAUUAGUAUCAAUCAACGUAGAUGUUUUGAGCACAACAUUUGGUAAAUUUGUUCCAAACACUUCUGUCCCUCCUAGUCCACAAUUUACUGCUCGUCUUACAGAGGAUAUGAUUCUUCAACAUAUUACUGCUGCUUGUCAUGACUUUGAAAAUGGAAAAAUUCCAUGGUAUGGGUUAAUGGUAGCAUCAGUUGUUAUCCCUUAUUAUAUUAAAAAGAACAAAUACAAAGAAUUGGGUUAUAUUCAUGACUUUGUUAAUAGGAUGUACGCUAUGAUGGUUGAUAAAAAUUGUGAUGGAAUUGUUAAGGAUUUUAUUCAAUUUUAUUAUGUUAGGCUGUUUGGAACUGUCUUUGGAGAUUAUUUAAAUGGUAAGUCGUUUAUAUAUGCUUCAACUAAAGAAAGAAUGUCUUAUUUAUUGAAAGAAACAAAUGACAUUCUUCCUCCAACAUAUAAAGGAGAAAAACAUUUCUUACGUUCGUUAGACCAAAUCACUGAAAAAGUUAUUAAAUCUGAAAAUGAGUGUAAUAUACUUUGGACUCAAGUUCAACCAGUUUAUGAUAAAGGUGAUUUUAUUCAAUAUAGCUCAACAUUUAAUUGUGAUGAAUUAUGUCUAUCAAAAGAAGCAAGUGAGGUAGAAGGUAUUUCACUUCAAAAUGCAUCAGUACUAAGUUUAUGCAAAAAGAGAAUAGUAAUAAGAACUCGUUUUGUAUUACCAAGCCUUUUAACAAGACACGUUGUUGAAAGUGAGGAAGUUGUUUAUUUAACUUCUAUUGAAAUUAUUAUUGAAGAGAUAGAAAAAAGAAAGAAGAACAUUGAUUAUUUUCUUUCAGAAAGUAAGAAAUUCUUCCAAGAUGUCGAUUUUGGUAUUGUUUCUUCAUUACAAAAGAGUAUUGGGGAUUUUUUCUUUGGUUCUACUGAUGUACAAGUAGGAAAAUUAAAUAGGUUUAAUACAAUCAAAAUUAUUGAUGUAUUAAAUAAAUUUUUCUCUGAUUUAAAUCAAUUUGAAUUUACCUUAUACUUACAACUUUAUGACAUUAUUAAAGAAUGCACAAAUUGUUGUGCUGAAGCGUUGGCAAUUGUUAAAGAAAAUACAAAGAUUAGAAAAAGUAGUGCAAACCUAGAAAAGAUAGAAAGGCAACUACCAAGAGUUGAACGAGUUCUUGAUGAUAUUGACAAAAGGCUAGAAGAAAGAAAGGAACAAAACAUAUUGUAA